AUGCGAAACCCAGAAGGCAGCAGAAAGGGGCCGCUGGCCCCGCCCUCGCCCGGCCCAGUGGAAGGCAGUGCUUCCACCUUCCAAGAGAGUGAGGCUCGCCGCUGCCUGAAGUUCCCUCGGAUCGGGAUUUCAAAGCGGAGACACCAGCAUCCCCCACCUCCCUACACGCGUCCAGGCAGAGAUCGACAGGGAUGGGCGGCAAGAUGUGGCUGCCAUUCCCCGUGCUGCUCCUGUCCGCUCUGCCCGCAGCGUUGCUGCGCGGGGCGGCCGGCUUCACACCCUCUUUGGACAGUGACUUUACCUUCACGCUGCCGGCCGGCCGGAAGGAGUGUUUCUACCAGCCCAUGCCCCUGAAGGCAUCGUUGGAGAUCGAAUACCAAGUUUUAGAUGGAGGAGAAUUAGAUAUUGAUUUCCAUCUUACCUCUCCAGAGGGCAGAACCUUAGUUUUUGAACAAAGAAAAUCAGAUGGUGUUCAUACUAUAGAGACUGAAGAUGGUGAUUACAUGUUCUGCUUUGAUAACACAUUCAGCACCAUUUCUGAGAAGGUAAUUUUCUUUGAAUUGAUCCUGGAUAACAUGGGAGAAGAGAUUCAAGGCCAAGAAGACUGGAAAAAGUAUAUUACUAACACAGAUGUCCUGGAGAUGAAACUAGAAGAUAUCCUGGAAUCCAUCAACAGCAUCAAGUCCAGACUAAGCAAAAGUGGCCACAUACAGACUCUGCUGAGAGCGUUUGAAGCUCGAGAUCGAAACAUACAAGAGAGCAACUUUGACAGAGUCAAUUUCUGGUCUGUGGUGAACCUGAUGGUCAUGGUGCUGGUGUCAGCUAUUCAGAUCUAUACGCUGAAAAGUCUAUUUGAAGAUAAGAGGAAAAGUAGAACUUAAAACUCCAAUACAGAUUAUUUAACAUUGAAAAAAGAGGUAGGAAAUGCUAAUACACUGUUACACUCAAGAUAUAGUCACAUUUCCCAUAACAUUUUCAGAAAUGUAUGUAAGUGUAAGAUAUGUAAAAUUUAUUAUGAAAGGAAAAUCAUUAUGUCCAUACAACAAACAACUUUAUUGACUUGUUUUAUACUUAAGUAUAAAACAAGAUGUCAUGUAAAAUUUAGAUUUAAUUGAAUGAAGCCAUAAUAACUAUUUUCCUAAAGUUAAAAAUCUUUCCCAGAUAUCAUAUAUGAAUUAAAUGAAUUAAGAACGUUCAUAAACAUGCCACCAGUUUGCUCUCACCUAGAAUUUUCUCUGUACGUGUGGCAGGUACAUGUUAAUUAAAGAAGUUUCCAAUACCUUACAUCAGAAAUCAUUUGAUGGCCGGGUGUGGUGGCGCACGCCUUUAAUCCCAGCGCUCCGGAGGCAGAGACAGGCGGAUUUAUGAGUUCGAGGCCAGCCUGGUCUACAGAGUGAGUUCCAGGACAGCCAGGGCUAUACAGAGAAACCCUGUCUUGAAAAAAAAGAAAUCAUUUGAUAAUUAUAUAAUCAUGGACUGAAUAGAUCAGCUUUUCUCUACUAAAUCUCUCCCAAAAAAAGGUAAAUAGAAGCAUACCACUGAAAAAAUACUUCUAACAUUUUUACAACCAAAUAUAAUGUGAAAUAUUAUCCACAAGUAUUAGUUUUUAUAUACUUAGUCUAUACUUCCAAAACCUAACAUUUUUAUAAUUAAAACUGGAAAGGGAUUCUUUCUUCAUAAAAAUUAGUGUCUUUGUCUUUGAUAUAAGGUAUAUAAAGUUGAUGUUUGUGAAUAAGAUGCAUUCUGUCUAGACAUUAGCUAAGAUUAAAUUAGAGAUAAGAUGAACUUAUUUUGAUAUUACCCAUCAGCAGUGUUACGUUGGUUUGUGCACAGCUAUUGGUAUUGAUAAUGCAUUAUCACAAGCAGGUGUGAGGGACAUACUAAUGAAAAGAUCUGACAUUAGUGUAAAUAAACAACACCUUUCUAAAUUCUCAAAAUCAUCAGAAACAUGAAGAAAAAAUGAGAUAAAUUUGACAACACCAGAUCCAACAAGUUUACCUAAAGAGAAGUGUAACAUCUAGAAUCAGAUGGGCUCUUCUUGCUGACCCAAUUAUAAUAGGAAUCAGAUCAAAGGAGAGUAAUCUAAAAAUCCCCAAAAGAAAUUGUAUUUGUCAUAGCUUUUAUUUUCUAAUUACUGUUUUUAUUAUAAAUGUUCAGAUAGAUUUUAUGAAAUGUAUAUUCCUACCAUAAGAUUUAGCACUAGGUAUGCAUAUUUAUUACAGUUUUUUUAUUAUAGCUCUCACAAAAUUACCUCUGGUCAUUUACUGACUUUGAAGUAUUAGAACAAUCCCAAAUUAUAAACACCUAACAUAGAAAUAAAAGCCAAUAUAUACAAAAACAUUCUGCCUUUCUGGUUUAUCAGUCUGUAGUACAAUUUUAUUCAAGUACUAGUGAUUUAGUUUUAUCAUGAAACAGAAUUUAAGUUACACUCAACUCACUUGUAGUGUUUAUAAUAAAUGUAUUGUCAAGUAGAGAUAGUCAACAGUCAGAUCUGGGUAUUGAACCCAUAUAAACAUACACAUAUUUUUUUUUGCUGGAAUUCUUAUUACAUAUUAAUGAUCUUGCACUACCCUGCUACCUCACACACAAAAUUAUGAUACCCAGAGAAAUACUGAUUUCAUUUACAAUAUAUACUUAGUUUUCUUUUUCUCAGGCCCUUGGGAGGGGACUAGAAAUUUAUUUUUCCCUAUUCAGAGGCUUUUCAAAAUGUGAGAUAAAUACUAUAUAUGAUCAAUGACUGACCAAGAAAAAUGCCCCAGGAUUCUAACCAAGCUCCUACAAUAGAUGCAGAAAAGAGGCCAAUGAGAUCGUUGCCUAAAAAACUCUCUUCCCUACUUUAAGUACAAGAGAAGCAAGCUAUAGGUACCUACCCUGCCUGAUAAAGCGGGAUCCACUGCGUCUUUCCUGUAAGACUGUGACUAAGAAUUCUACCUCUUAGAUACAGCUAAUACUGUACUGUACUCUUAACUGCUUACUUAACACUGUAUCUGUUACAUCAUCUUGUAUGUAUGUAAUUUGUGCCACUGACUUUUUGAAUUCUUACUCAGUUACUCACUGCCAUUUAAAAUGGUCAUAGUAGCUUUGUUGGAAAAUUGAAUAACUUAGGAAUGUUAAAAGAUUUUAUUUUUAUAGACAAAAGUAAAAAGAUACUAAGAACCAUGUUGCCUGUAUUAAUCAUAAAGAAGUAAAAUUGUAAGCAAAAACCAAAAUGUUUAUUUUUAAAUGUGUAUUUUCUGCUUCAUAGGGGUUUUCUGACCUUACUGUCUUAAUUAUUCUAAAAUCAAGUAAGCCAUCACUUGCUCUGAUUUUUGUCUUGUUAAUUGUAUAAAUUACUACAGUAGCUUAACAAGUUUAGAGAUCGUCGUGCUGAGUUGCAGUUGGACUGUGUGCUCUUUUACACGAAUGUCAAUAAACAGAGACUAAAUAAGUGUAAGAAGACAUUGUUGAAACAUAAAUCAAAAUAUACUUAAGAAUAUUUACAAUUAAACAUGAUGUUUUAAACUUAGUAAAAAAACAAAAACAAACAAGUACCUGUAAUUUUGUACCUACAGUGAAAAUUCUUUAUCUGAAAUUUUAAAAUAUAUUGAUAUAGCAUGUAAUUUUUUUCUUCUGGAGUGUAAUACAAUGUGGCUCAUAUGGUACUAUAUGCUAUAUUUGUGAACUUUUAUCUUAAAUGAACAACAGACUAUGUACUGAGCUCCAUACAACUAAUAAAAGUUACUAUCAAGGAAGUCUUA